UAUUCUCUAUGGUCGGUUGGAAGCAAGAAAUGUUUGUUUAUUUUUUCGCCUCGUUUUUCUUUUUGUAAAAUACCCGAAAAACUGCAAAAUUCCCCGCUAAAGUAUAUGAUAGGAAUAAUCUCGUUAAAGUAUCAGGACUGCGGAGUCAACUUUUUUUUUUAAUGUAUUUUAUAAUUUCUAAAACUAUUUGUAGAAAAAGCGACCCUUACUUCAUUUCACGAAAAUUUCCUUUUCAAAAUGUGCUGUUCAAGAUGAGGAUUAAUGGGCAACUAAUUUAAUAAAAAAUCAUCAAAAUGUUUGAUAAUUACUCUUUCCAAUCAAGAUCGAGAUGCUACCGAAACGGAGAAAUCGAAGAUGAACUAAAAGAUCUCUUCAAUAAAAAGUUUCAGUUUAGAUUUGAUAACAACUGGAAGUUACCAGAUCGUAAUCUAUGGUUUUCUGCUCCACCAUGGAAGGUAAAAGAGUUGGAAAUUUUAAAAAGCCGUUUGAAUUUCCACAAGAGCCAGUUGAAUGAUUUUAACAUUGAAGAAUGGAGUAGUCACACUAGACGAAGGAAUCCUGCCGGUGAAGUAUGUUGGAAAAUCAAGUGUGUCAUAAAUCCAGAGUUCCUUACACAAGCGUGGACAAAAUUUUACGAAUGUGCCUCUACAUACAGUAUAAUACCAGAAAUGGCAUUAGCAGAACAAAAAAUGGUGUCACUUCACUUAUGUGAAGCUCCAGGCGCAUUCAUAACGUCAUUGAAUCACUUCUUAAAGUUAAACUAUCCCAACGUGAAUUGGAAAUGGGUAGCAAAUACCUUAAAUCCAUAUUAUGAAGGAAAUUCACCAUCCAGCAUGAUUAGUGAUGACCGGUUCAUGUUUCACACACUGAAUAAUUGGGAUUUUGGUAUAGACAACACUGGAAACCUUAUGGACUGGGAAAAUUCACAAGCCACAGUGAGAAAAGCAACAUCCUUAGGGAAGGUGCAGUUGGUGACUGCUGAUGGUUCCAUAGACUGCAUGCAGAGACCUGAUGCACAGGAAGAAGUCACUUCUCCUCUGCACUACUGUGAAAUUGUCACUGCCCUACAGGCUUUGGCUCCUGGGGGGACACUUAUUUUCAAGCUCUUUACAAUAUUUGAGCAUUUCACUGUGAACCUACUCUAUUUAAUCAAUCAUCUGUUUGGUGAAGUCAAUAUUUAUAAACCAGUCACAUCACGGCAGGGCAACUCAGAAGUCUAUGCUGUUUGUCUUAAAUACAAAGGAAUAGCAGAUUUGGAGACAUACAUACCAAUUCUUAAAACUGCUUAUGGAACAGAGUUUUAUGGAAAUAAUUCACUCUUUCGACAAGACUCAAUACCAGAAAGUUUUUUUAAACAAAUAGAGGAAUGUGCUGGUUAUUUCUGCUCAAUACAGUGCCAAGUAAUUAACAAUAAUUUACAAGCUUAUCUCAUGCAAAAGAAUAUUGCUCUUCAUAGAGACAUCAAGCAGAUAAGAACACUCGUUGCAACAGAGUUUAUUUGGCAGUACGGUUUGAAACCAUUGGAAAAUGAACAAGAGAUAUUGAAAGGAGCUCUCCAUGAAGAGAACAAGGUUAACAUGAACCCCAGAUAUCACCGUGGCUCAUACACGGAGAGGCAACUGUAUACAAAGCUAUCUCUUAAAGAGAAAUCAAGAAACUUGACCUCUUUCUUACAGACUGAAAUUUUGUCAAAUCCUUUAAUCUUGAUCAACGAACAAGUUAAAUGGUUCACAUUUUAUGACAAAGAUUUGAGUUUAAAUUUAGUUUUUACUUAUGGGCUUCCACUGCAAAAAAUCAACAGUUCCAAAUUCAUAUUUGUGCCAAUAUUCAGGUUGUUUCAACAGAUCAUGGCAGAAGAUGAGUUUAAGGAAAUUAUCUUUAGCAAAGGUAUUAACUCAUCUAAAGUAAAAUUGAAUGAUGUAGACAUGAAAUCCCAUAGAGUGCUGGUGCUUCCAGAAUUUGAUCAUUCAGAAUGCUAUAGUUUAUUUGAAAAAAGAUGUUUCCAAUCGAUCAUUAGUAAUUUGAAACUAUUAUCAGUCGGUGAAUCCCUGGUACUUCAGAAUUUCAAUCUGUUGACUCACUUUAAUGUUAGUGUCUUAUAUAUUAUGUCCAGGAAAUGUUUUGAAAAGAUUGGAUUUACUUCUAGUGAUAGUAUUGUUUUGUGUAAUUUUAUGGACAAAGCGUCAUUGUCAUAUUUCGAUGUUAUACAAAUUGAGUAUGGCAACUUGCAGAACAAUGACAAAAAAGAUAUUUUAAAUGUUCUCCCUGUUCAAACAACUAAUGUUGGUGAUUUUUUUAAUAAUAUUGUAUUUUAUAAUAAUACUUUCUACAGGAACAAAUGUACCGAAUAUCUAGUCACUAUAGAGCAAAGUGUUUGAAUUCUUGUCCUUGUUAUGAAAUUUAAGAGUAGAUGUUGACAAAUUGUCUAAUUGUUGGAUAAUGCAUUUAAUAGAAUCGGACCUGGGUUACUCAGGGAAGUGUUUCUGCUACUCUUCAAGUUCAUUUUCAUGUUAAUUCAAUGAAAUAAAAGGGAUUGAACCAUGCCAAAAGGAUAAUUUGGCAUUAGGCAAU